CCUCUGUGUUGUCGGAGUGAGAACUUGAUUUGCAUUGGACAGGGCUGUCCGUAGUCACUGGUUCUGUUCAUAAUUCUUAUAGAAAUCAUUUCUAGGUGCAGCCAAGUAGCAGAGAGUGUCGCUUUCGGUGGGCCUUUGGAUUUCAUUCCUGCUUUUUGCGGAUGAUGCAGUCCUGUUAGCGUCAUCGAACAGUGACCUCCGGCUCUCACUUUGAUGGUCUGUAGCUGAGCGUGAAGAGGCGGGGAUCAGCACCUCUAACUCUGAGGCCAUGAUUGUCAGACAGGAAAGGCUGGAUUGCCCACUCCAGGCCAGACAGUGGCUUGUUGAGUUUGAUGCUGAUACAAAGCAGGCAAUAUUCACCUCCAAUCUCCAGAUGGGUUUUGGCCAUCCCGUUGUCAUGGAUCCAUGAUCUCCAAUCAAACAGGAAAACAACUUUGACUUUUGGAAUGAGGAGAAAAGCAAAUUCUGGUGUUAGAAUUGACAAAUUAAGACAAUAAAAAGUAGAACCUUGCAUAAAGUAGCACAUGUGCAUCCAUUUCCACAGCACUUCAGAUAUUAUGGCAAUAUUUAUGGAUUAGUCCUUCUUGUAUACACCCAUAUGAAAUGAAACAACACAAAGAGAAACAGAAUAAGGAAGAGGCUCAUUUGUGUAGGAAAUAAAGUACAUUUCCAUAGCUAUAAACACUGAAUUUAAUUAUGUGCCCAAUCAUUGUUUGUCCCAGUCAAGCAGGUGAAGGAAGGCUUUUGGUUUCAGGGCUCCAAAGUUUUACAAAGUUGGUCAUAUGUUAUUGUUUAUUUUGGUCAAGAGUUUAAUGAGGUCCAUGGAGGGUCACGUGAUCUGAUUAAAACAUUUCACACACACUUUUGGACCUUUAACGAUAUACAAGAACAAACAGCUUUAUAAAGUCAGAUAACACUGAAUGAAUAUUCAAAUACUGAUUAUAUGGUAAGUCAGUUUUCCAAGUGAGACUUCUUUACUCAAUUCAAACACGUUAUUUUGCCAUAUUAUUUUGUCAUUUAACUGAUUAUUUUUGACAUUUGAAAUGGACAAAGAAUUAAAUUUCACACAUAUAACUCUGAGUGGGUAUGUAGAAGUAGAAAAAUACCGCUAUGUUUACUUUGUGAUUAUAUUUACUAUAUAUAUUCUAAUAAUUUGCUGUAAUUCCACUGUUGUAUGCCUCAUUGUGAUUCGCCCAAACCUCCAUGAGCCCAUGUACAUUUUCAUUGCAGCUUUACUAUUCAACUCUCUUGUUUUCAGCACUGUGAUCUACCCAAAGCUGUUGAUUGACUUUUUAUCUGAGAAACAGAUCAUAUCUUAUUCAGCCUGCCUCUUUCAGUGGUUUAUGUUUUAUUCUUUAGGUGGUUCAGAGUUCUUACUGUUGGCAGCCAUGUCUUAUGACAGAUAUGUGUCCAUAUGUAAACCUCUGCAGUAUCCAGCUAUCAUGAGGAAAACAACUGUCAGUAUUUUCUUGAUGUUGGCUUGGCUUACACCUGCUUGUCAGGUUGCAGUGUCAGUUGUGCUGAGUUCAAACAGAAAAAUCUGUAACUUUACUUUGAAAGGAAUUUUUUGCAACAAUUUGAUUUACAAACUCCACUGUGAGAGCUCAACAGCCCUAUCUGUGUAUGGUGUGCUCAUUUUGCUCAAUGUUGUAUUUUUUCCUCUGCUCUUCAUACUGUUCACCUACACAAAGAUACUCAUAAUAUCCUACAGAAGUUGUAGAGAAGUCAGGAAAAAAGCUGCAGAGACCUGUUUGCCUCACCUGAUAGUUUUAAUCAACUUUUCAUUGUUGUGUUUUUAUGACAUUCUCAUACUCAGACUGGAAUCUGAUAUUCCAAAAACUGCACGUUUAAUAUUGACUUUACAACUGAUUUUGUAUCAUCCUCUCUUUAAUCCAAUCAUAUAUGGACUGAAAAUGAAAGAAAUAUGGAAACAUCUGAAGAUGUUGUUCUGUUAAGUGUGCUCUGUUGUAUCCACACUGACAAAUAACUGACAAGUUCUAAUCAUGUUUACUAAUUUGUGUUGUCCUUGAAAACCGUUUUUAAUGCUUUGCUUUGAUCACUGAUGUAAAGAGUCAGCUUCAGCAAUGUUCAUAAGAUAAAUUAAUGUUGAUGGCCAACAAAACCAGUCUCUUUUGUGUGCAAUGUCUGAAUAAUUUAUUUGGUAACAUAACUGGUGUGACUGGAUGUGA